AUGGCAUCCUCGCUUGGAUCUUGCGUCAGCUCUCUCCGCUCCACCAACGCUCUCCUCUCCUCUAGCAUCUCAAUCCUCGACAACGGCCACUUCGAACUACUUCCCGAAUCAUCCCUUCAUACCGCGCAAUCACAACUCCUAGGCACGCUCACGCCCGAACUUGAAAGCCUUCUCAAUCGCAUUUCCACACAUCUAGACAAGCUCGAACGACGCGAACAAGCGCUCAUUGCGCGCUCCGAAUUACUCGAGGGCCGGAUUGGAGAGGAGAGACGCGCUAGUGCCGCAUCGGGCGGCUGGGGUGCUAGGGGAAGCGGAGGGCUUGGAAAAGGAAGGGAGCCGAGUAGCGUGGGCAUGAAAGGGGAAAGUAAGGAGGCGCUGAGACUGAAGCAAGCAAGGGCUAAGAAGGAGAGGUUGAGCUAUGCGGUGGAGAGACUGACGCUGCAGGCGCAGCAGAGGGAACGGCAGCUGAGGAUGAGCAUUGCUGCUACAUGA